GCCGUCAAAGUCCACGGUGGCUUCCGUCAAAGAUUACUGAUCUUUUGUGCAUGCGAAGAAACACUUUAGCUAGGGUUUUCAGAGUCUCCGGUACUCGAUCAAACGGCGGGAAAAUUUGACGCAGAGGCGAAGAAUCCGUUUUUGGAUCCGCAGAAUUAAAGUUUCGUCGCUCUUGGCGUUUACUCGAACUUUGUAUUGAAGGUUUCGUUUUGAUCUGUUGUUGCUUUCCUGUUUCGAUUUACUACUCUUGGUCUUGGUUCGAAAUUUGAUGGUUCAGUUGAUGAAUUCUGGUGAUCUCCGACCGGAGUCGGAGUCUUCGUGUCGGAAUAAGUUUCCGGUGAAGUUGGAGAUCGGAGACCCAUUGGAUGAAGAGCACGUUUCUAUCAACAAGCGAGCCAAGCUCUCCACUCCUCCUCCUCCUCAGCAGUGGAACUCUGGAAGUGGCGUAUGUACGAUCCCGCCUUUACAGUACAACCCACUUGAUGAGCCUAGUCCGUUGGGUCUGAGAUUGAAGAAGAGUCCCUCAUUUUUGGAUUUAAUUCAAAUGAGGCUCUCUCAAGGGAAUGGUUCAACAGUAACCAGUGGAAGUCUUGAAGUAGGGAAAAAGAAGGAUGGUAAAAGUGCUGCUGCUCCGGGAGCUACUGAUAAGCUCAAGGCUUCCAAUUUUCCUGCUUCGCUUUUAAGAAUUGGAACUUGGGAGUGUAUAUCAAGAUAUGAAGGUGAUCUUGUUGCGAAGUGUUACUUUGCGAAGCAUAAGCUUGUUUGGGAGGUUCUUGAAGGUGGCCUUAAGAGUAAGAUAGAAAUUCAGUGGUCAGAUAUCAUGGCUUUGAAAGCAAACUGCCCAGAUAACGGACCUGGGACCUUGGAUAUAGUGCUGGCCAGACAGCCUCUUUUCUUUAAGGAGACCAAUCCGCAGCCUAGGAAGCACACCCUAUGGCAGGCAACUUCAGAUUUCACUGGUGGACAAGCAAGCAUACAGAGACGACAUUUUCUGCAGUGCCCACAAGGAUUAUUGAUCAAGCAUUUUGAAAAGCUUAUCCAAUGUGAUCCUCGUCUGAAUAUGCUGAGCCAACAGCCAGAAAUAGUGUUAGAUUCUCCAUACUUUGAAACCAGAGGUUCUGUUUUCGAGGACCCAGAUGAAUCUAAAUGCCAAGGUUUUGAUCCACUGAACAGUGGAUAUGUAGCCCCUUUCCCUGGGUUCCGGGAUGAAGCAUCGCCAUCUGCUACCCAGUCAUCUACCUCAAAAGGUGAACUUCUAGAUCCUGUCGGGAGACCACCAUCACCAGGUCGUGUGCUUUUUGAAACUUCUUCUCCUAGCUCAGAAGUGGGUUCUUGUCUAAACCUUACUGAGCCUGAUUUAUCUUUCUUAUGUGAUAAUGGAUACUGGACUAUUGAAGAAACUGGAAGCAGUGAAGCUGAGGAAUCAAAAGGGGUUAACCAGUGGGACCAAUUGAAAGUUCCUGGACUUGUUUCUUCCAUGUCUAUGAGUGAUCUUGUGAGCCACAUUGGACAUUGUUUAUCAGAACAGAUCAACUCUGGCAAUUCUCUCCUCUCUGGCGAAGGAUUACCGGGCAAGGACAUGCUGGAGGAAAUUGCCCAAUACUUGCUCAGUGACUCUCAGUUUACGUCAGCCUCUGAUGAGAAGUCCCUCAUGUCAAGAGUCGAUUCCCUUUGUUGUCUUCUACAGAAGGAUCCUGCUACAGUGCAAAACUUGCAGUUUAGCAGCGAAGGUGAUGUGACUGAUGCGGGCAAGGAUGGUUUACCCAACUCCUCCCAUGACUUGAAGCCAGAGAUUAAGGCCAUGUCUGAACUUCCAGUGGUUGAAGGGGAAUCUCAUGAAUCGUCUAGUUGUAAGCAAACUCCAUCUAUGUCAAGGAAAGACUCAGUUGGGGAUUUGCUGCUUAAUCUCCCGCGAAUUGCAUCUAUGCCUCAUUUCUUGUUCAACAUCUCAGAAGAUGGUGAGAAUCAAGCAAGAUAAGAUCCUCUUUCCCCACCCUACUACAACAAAAAUCCCAGUUUCUCAAACCAUGUACAAAAAAUGUAAUCAAAGAUCUGUUUUUCAGCCUUUGCUGAUGAACCAUUUUCAGGAACAUUGAAGUUUUGGGAUUCGGAGAUUCAUUUUGAUAGUCUUUUUCUGGUGAGUCCCAUAAUAGGUUAUGUAAUUUAAUGCCAGCUGGAUAUUUGAUAUUUCCUUGUAUAAUAAAUUAGUAUUCUCUUUGUAACUUAA